GCGAAGGAAUGGCUAUCACAAGAUUUCGGUUUCCAGUGAGAUGUCCAGCGACUACACCGGAGGUUUAUUCCAACAUGUACCAUUCCAAGGAAUGCUGUGGAUUCGGGAAGUGAUCAGGACUGGCCUCUAUCAGCCUCAAAUUCAAGCAAUGUUUGUCAUCCUCGGAAUAAGCGUUUUCGGAUUGUGUUACCCAAUAGCGCGGCUAAUUCUUCUUGCAACCUACCGAAAAUUAACGCACGCAAAACAUAACCUCCAAAGAACUGAAACUCUGACAGGUGACUCAGCCGAACUUCCACUUGACCCGCCUUCAGAUGGCAGAAGCGCAAAGUUGGUUGAAGAAAACGCAGUCAGUAUUGUGUUGGCAAUGACUACAACUCAUCCGCGGCUUUCCAACACAUUUUCUGAAGAUGAGCACACUUUGAUGGAGGAUGGUAAGGAAUAUUUGCAUGGCGGACAAAUGAUUGGAUCGUUGCCAAACACACAACCGAAAGCCUUCAAACCACCGCGUUCGCAUCCAAACACCAUUGUCGAUCGUGGGUAUAAAAGGCGUAUCCCGAUAUUAUAUGUAGUAUCGGUUCUGUUUGCAGCCUGUUUCACUGCGCACCUUGUCAGCCUGAUUAUGGCUAUUCGCAAUGAGCAGAAUAUUUCAGAAACACUUGACCAGAUUCCCAUACUUGCUCACUCCUUAUCCGUCAGUGUAGGUCAGUUUGGGAAUUUUGCCAUAGACGUUGCAUUCAAUCUGACUGAGAGACACAUUACAAGCGAUACUGAUCAGGCAAACAAAGGCAGCCACUUGCGUCCCUUGGUGAAGGGCGUGCAGGACCUUGCCGCUGAGGCGUUGGCUUGCCUUAUACAACAAUGUCAUGCUGAAAAUUUAACACAACCUCUUUUGUGGUCGAGUAAUGCCUUUGACAGGAAAGGCCAUCUGGGAAAUGCCCUUUUGACGGACUUUGAUCUCAUUAUCGCGGACCUUGUCGCUGAGGCGUUGGCUUGCCUUACACAACAAUGUCAUGCUGAAAAUUCAACACAAACUCUUUUGUGGUCGAGUAAUGCCUCUGACACGAAAGGCAGUCUGGCAACAGCCCUUUUGACGGACUUUGAUCUCAUUAUCCGACGACUCAUAAACUUGAACAACGCAGCACUCACUAUGACCGACGACUUCAUCCACAAUGUCACAAGGGAUUGGUAUUCUUUUCAAAAGGCAUUGUUGGCCUUAACUUCUACCAACGUCGAAUUGUCAGUCUACUACAACCGGUCACAAAAUUCUCGAUUGGGAUACCCACUGUUCACACAAACCCGAACAGUCAUCUGUGAUUAUCUGACCGUAGAACAUCUGAACGAGUUUUCCGACUGCAACGACGUGACACAAUUCUUGGAUCGAAUGUUUGAUUUUGUGGAAAACGUUCAGUUUAUGCUCCCCCAAAAACGGUUGGGUACCGCCGUACAGUUUACAACCAUUCCUCGCGCACUGGGUAUUGAACAGUUGGUGGCGAAAUUGUUGCCUGCUGCCACAGAUAUUCCAGGCAGAGGCGUAUUAUUCUUACUAAACACGUUUCUUCGACCGGAGAUUGAGCGCCUAAGGGCGCAAAUGACUGGCAUAUUUCUAUCAUUGCCAACCGAUGAGAUGCUGGUUCAGAUGGCCAGGUGUAAACGACUAUUUACUAGUUUUUUUGUUGUUUUAUUUGCAUUUCUUGUCACUAGCAGUGUACUGUUAGCUAUCUUAUUUUUUAUUGCACUGCUGCAAAAAUUCCAAAAGCGCCCAAAACAAAGGAAAACUGAACCAGACUUACUCAAAAAAGCGGUGGUAAUCAAUUCUCUUGGUAUCGGUACAGUGAACAGAUCAAAGUUUUGGAACCAUUGUACUCAUAGCCUCAUUCCACUUUUUGUAUGUCUGAUCGUCAGUUUUUGUAUGCUUGCUGCUGUGAUAGGGGCGGCUCUGAGCUUCGUGUCUGGACUUGUUCAUUCUGAAUUCUGCGUCUACCUGUUUGAAGGUCCUGCUCAAACGAAGGCUGACCUCGUUUUAACUGAACGGCUGAGCGCAUUCUCCAGAACAAUUCAACCAGUGAACGACAUCAUUAGCAUUGAGCAUUUGAAUCCACGAUUUCCUUACCCCACACUGCGAACUCUAGAUUCGGAAUACCGGCAUGGACAAACCCCGCUGCUACAAAGACUACACAUGACACCCCUCUUGAACUUCACAGCUUUAUUGCAUUCUCAAUGGUUUACAACAAAGCUGCAUCAACUAUGGGAAAGCGACGUACGACAAAAACUACUGGCGACGGACUUCACUGUGCAUAUCCCCAAAAUCUCCCUCAUUUCCAUAUUUAACCAGGCCAAGGAAUCAAUGAACCUGGAGAAUUCAUUCGACGCGCUAGAAGUGGGUACCGUGCAAGAUUAUCUAAACGAGCCAGGUCCUUUCUAUUUUCACACAUUAGCGCGUGUUCUCGACAAAAUCGGUACAGAAAGAGCCGUCAAACUAUCCCAGAGUUAUGCCAUGCUUGGGCAAGCUCAGGCUGCCUAUGCGAGGAAAUAUCAUGUGGUGAAUCAUACACUGAGUAUCAUUGAAGCCAACAAAGAAAUCAUUGCUCCGUUAGCUCUUCUGAUCAAAAAUGUUUCGAUAGCAUUAGAUCAUUUGAACGCAAUGCAGAGCAUGCAAAUUGUUACAAUGCUUGACCAGAUUAUCACCGUUGGUUGGCCAAGAAUUUUGCCCAAGAUUGAUGAACAUAUGAUUCCCUUUCUAGAAGGUUUACUCAAUGAUCUCAUUCCGUUUCCCGGACUUCGUACCAUUUAUCAUCAAGCUUUGUCGCCGUUAUGUCCAGAUCCAGUGCAUUUGAGAAAGACAUCGCAAGUUGCUGUAACAUCUAUAAACCCAGAACUAGGACAAUUAGGAUUCAGUUUGUUUGUAAGUUCUAUCUUACUUGUGAUUGGUAUCUUGUUCUACUGGUACUUGUGGUGUGACUAG